GUAAACCUUGGGGUAUCCCCGAACUCCAGCAAUUGCUAUUACUUCGAGCCUGCGACCUUACCAUGAGGGAGAUCAGCCAAGACACAGGCAGAAGCGUCUCUUCGAUACGCACUGCGUGGUUUCGAUCAGGUUGCCAAGCAUGUCCACCCUGCCCAAUAGCAUUCUCAAAGGAGGAAACCUCAUCAAUUAGGAGCCUGAUCAGACUCGGCGCCACCCUCGACAAGAUGCUGGAACAUGUCUCGGAAAGCUCGCGCCCUGCCUUGGAGCCCUGGCUGCGUGACGUGGAGAUACGGCUGGUGCGAAGCAGGGUGCCUCAGCCGCCCAUGAGUGAGGAUGAUAUGAAGUUGAUCGAGCGGCUGCGGCUGGAUCUCGUCCGCUGGACUGAUAUUGCUGAUCGCUUUGGUCGAACAGUCGACGCGACGAGAAAUCAGUUCAAAUUGUGGCAAAAGAAGAACAAGAAUCGUGAUCUUCUUCUCCGCCGACCUCCCAAUUGCUGAAGCUAGAUCUGUGCUGGCAAGUAUUCCGUGUUGGCUUGAGCAGAAGCCCGACAAAACCAGCGUCCACAAGGAACCACCCAACAGACACCUCUGGGUUUCCAAAUGCCACCAUGGUACCACGGCCAGCAGGGAGACUGCGGAUCUUACUGAAGUGGGAGAGAAGUAUGUGUCGUAUCGUGAUUCGGCAAGCAAACGCGGCUCCCUUCGUUUCUGGCGAUGUUGGCUUGCAUGUCUGGACAUUGGCAUACAACCAGCUGCAGAUUUAGGCCCGUCGACCUCACUUUAUAUCCGAUCGCACGCGAUUGGGACAGUAUCGAGUGCUCUUAGCGGAGGGAGGGCGUCGUCAUCGGG